GGAUGUAUUUUAUACUUUAAUCUCUAUAAAAUGAAUAUUCAUAAAAACAACGCCAAUUUUCUACUAAAUGUAUAGUUGUAUGUGCUUGCUACAUAGUACUUUUGCUAUUAUUUUUCAUAGAAGUGGACACGAUUUUUAAAAAAUUUCAUCGUUAACGAUUUGGUUUUUUAAAUUUCACAGCUAUCAAUUAUCGAAGUUUGUGUACAAAUAAUCACACACCGUGUGUGUGCUAUACUGAUGGUGUAGUUAAAGCACGCUGCCUUUUUUAUCGGUACACAGACGAACGUUUAUCUGGGUGCUGUUUUCAAAGCUUGAUGGCACUUUUGUAAUAAAAAAAUCGACAGUGAUGGCGAGUACAUAAUCAUCUUGUGGCCCGGCUUUCGGGCAAUACCAGCAAUACGUGGAUUAGUGAAUAUAUACUUGGGCGUUUGUCGACUCUUACCAUCAGACACUAUGAACGAUGAAGAAGUUCUGUUUUGGUGGUGUUGAUCAUUCGAAUAUAUCAAUAUAUUUUAGAAUAUUGAUUCUAACCUCUAACCUUACCUCGAAUAUUCAAAUUUGAAAAUUUUCAACACGAUUUGACUGCGAUUACAGAAAAACCGUGUUAGCUCAUGCGAAACAAUGGCAAAGUAAAUGAGCUAGCAGCGCUUUUUUAUAAUCGAUCAAACGGUAUCGGGUCUCUUUUGAAUGCUCAUACAUGAAUAUGAUGCAGUUUUCGGAACAAAUUUUUUCUUUGCAAUAUCAACUUUUAUCAACUCUCGUAUAAUUUAUUAGUAUAGAAUUUGAUAUGGGGGUUAUUACAAUAAUUUCAAAGACUUAUAAUCAUUUUUCAUAUUAGGGCUGUUAAUUAUUCUAUGAUUCUAUUCUGUAUAUUUUUUUUUGUCAUUCUAUACUUGUAUUUACGGUAAAAAAGACUUUUCGAACGAAAAAUCUGAAUGCCAGCAAUAUGAAAUGUACACUUUAAAAAAAAUGAGAUUGCAUGAGAAUAUUGAGGAUAUAUUUAAAUGAUGUGUUUCAAUGUUCUGAACAAAACUCCAAAAAUAUAAUAUUAUUAUUAAAUAAUAAAACUCGUGAUUUUUGAAGAAAUGGUAUGGAAAAUAUCACGAAAUAUAGAAGUUUUGAGGUUAUAACACGAGAAGAAGUUUUGUCGAAUGAUGAAACCAGAUUAUUGCUAUGUGAAACCGCUGUCAAUGAAUUAUAGGGUCGUUGCGGUGACAAAAAAUGAUUGUUUCAAAUCUGAUCUAAAUAGCAUAUGAUGAAUCAUAGGCUUAUUAUCCUACAUCGAAAUUUACUCGAUUGUUGCCCGGAAAGAAGUAUAUGAGAAAUGAACUUUGCCGAACAGUUUUCUCCUUAUAAAAUUUACUACUCGAUUGAGUUCAACUCCCAGUCGAGUAAUUUUAUGUUUACGCGCAAAUUUCUUCCAAUAAUAUAAUAAAUCUCCAUUGGCGAAAAAAAAAUGCCGAGUCGAAUCUUUGACGAGGUUGAAAUCGGUGUUCGGUGUGCACGCGCGUCAUUAUUAUUUUCGAAGUUUUAAUCGAAAUCAUUGCAUUUAAUAAACGAAUUGUGACUAUCAGAUUCAGGAAUAAUUUCUACAAUAGUCAUUCUACACGUUUUUAAUAUAAAACGAGGUAGUAUUUUUAUUAUUCCAUAUAUGCCACGCCUCUUCCCCCACUUCUGAGUCGUUAUAGUUGGGAGGGAGAAGAGCUGGCGCACAAGUGUUUCCCCGAUGGCAUGAAGCAGCAUGAAGCGUCGUCGUCGCACGUUCAUUUUCAGUUCAAACUAGUAAGGCUUCAGCGAAAUUUCUCGUGAACCUGUCAUUCUGUUGGCUAAAAAUGUGUACCUUCUGAGCCAAUAAUCUGUAGAAUUUUUGGAACGAAUAAAAAAAAACAUCGAGUCUCUGUCGUCGAGGGAUAAAUGUGUGUGGUUGAGAAAGGCUGAAAUAAAUUUCUGGAAAUACACGAUUUUAUUUAUCGUGUUAUCUCGCUGUCAGUCACGGCGUCCGGUGGUCAUUUUCGAAGUACCUUCCCUCCGUCUCCAAAAAUACUAGCAUAAAAAAAUCGAAAUAAAGGAAAAAUUGGCGUUCCGACCGGAUUAUUUUCGUAAAAUGUCCAGCGAAAGUGUGAAAACGUUUGCGAGUUUGGAGACUCCGGGUUAUGUUGGCUUUGCUAAUUUGCCAAAUCAGGUACACAGAAAAUCUGUUAAGAAAGGUUUUGAAUUUACUCUUAUGGUCGUUGGCGAAUCCGGCCUCGGGAAAUCGACUCUCGUCAAUAGCCUUUUUCUUACUGAUCUGUAUCCAGAAAGAAUUAUACCGGAUGCUGUUGAGAAAACAAAUCAAACUGUGAAACUGGAUGCUUCCACGGUUGAGAUAGAAGAACGUGGUGUCAAGCUUCGGUUGACGGUUGUGGAUACACCUGGCUAUGGAGAUGCAAUUGAUAAUACUGAUAGUUUCAGAGCAAUAAUACAAUACAUUGACGAUCAAUUUGAACGAUUUUUACGUGAUGAGAGUGGCUUGAAUAGGAGAAAUAUUGUUGACAACAGAAUACAUUGCUGUUUCUAUUUUAUUUCACCUUUUGGUCAUGGACUGAAGCCUUUAGAUAUCGAGUUUAUGAAACAACUGCAUAACAAGGUCAACAUUGUUCCUGUUAUUGCGAAAGCUGAUGUACUCACGAAAAAGGAAGUUUUGCGUUUGAAGAAACGCGUUAUGGAGGAAAUCGAGGGUAGUGGAAUCAAAAUUUAUCCAUUGCCGGAUUGUGACAGUGAUGAAGAUGAGGAUUACAAAGAACAAGUUAGACAGCUCAAGGAAGCUGUACCGUUUGCCGUUUGCGGUGCUAAUACUCUCCUUGAAGUAAAAGGACGAAAAGUUCGGGGCCGCCUGUAUCCUUGGGGCGUUGUUGAAGUUGAAAAUCCCGACCAUUGCGAUUUUAUCAAACUCAGAACGAUGCUUAUCACUCAUAUGCAAGAUUUGCAAGAAGUGACACAAGAGGUACAUUACGAAAAUUACCGCAGUGAGAGAUUGGCAAAAGGUGCCCCUGUACCGCCACGUCGUCAAAUGGUCGUUGAAGCCAAAGAACCACCGAGUGCUGGAUCAGAGAAGGAUCGAAUUCUUCAAGAAAAGGAUGCUGAGCUGCGACGCAUGCAAGCGAUGCUCGCAGCAAUGCAGGCGCAAAUGCAACAACAGCAUCCGUAACCAAAAAAGCGCCGCGUUGCGUUGGAUCACGAGAAAAACGAGGAAAAAUAUUACGAAAAAAAAAAACAAUUUUCUUGCCAGGUGCCAAAAACAAAACAGAGAAACGGAAAAGCAAAACGUUCGAACUUGUACUGCUGAUUAGUAUUCGAGGAGGGGCCCAGUAACGGUUUUAACCUGCUGCUUGCCGUGAAUGUCAAUAGUUGAACCGACGCGACAAGCCAUUUUAAAUUCAGCCUACAACACGUACUUACGGAUAUGUAUAUUCGUGAUAUAUUUUAUACGAUGCAGUAUUUUUUUAAUGAAGAGAAUGAGGAGAAGGAAACUCAUUUAAGGAAUUUGUGCGCUGGAAGUUGUUCGAAAUCUGUUCAUAGAAGUUUUCGUUUGUUUUUUAUUUCGUUCGAGAUUUAAUAGAAAUUUCGAAACAACCAUUUUUCUACAGUAAGCGAACGAUAAACGGAAAUAAUCUCCUUUCAUUUUCCAAAAUAUGUUUGGUACGAAUGUUUUCUAAAUUCAAAAAAAUUGAAAGAUUAUUAUUCACAGAAGGAAAACUUGUUUAAAUACUUUAAGCACAUUGGAACGAUAUUGCGUUUCAUUUUUACUUUGCAAUGCGAUUACAAGCGUACGACAAAACGAAAAACCAAAUUAAUAUUAGAGUUCCCACUAGAGAAAUACUAUUGAAAAAAUAUUGGAACUGUAUCGUGAAACGUUCCCAUACCGCUCAUAAUCAACAUUUUAUAAGAAUCCGUCGAAGUGCCUUGCAUAUUGUAUUUGUGGUAUUUUAUUUUGCAUUUCCGGAGGGCCAAAUAUCGACGAGUUUUUCUAUUUUUUCCAUCGAUAGGCAUUUUUCACAAAAGAUAAAUACAAGCAGGUAUAAAUAUGUACAUAAGACGCAUCAAAAUUUUUAAUGCACACAUACAUAUCGGAUUUGUUUCACAGCUAUAUCCGAGAGUGAAAAGCAUUCCUAAUCUUCCAAUUUUAUAUUUUUUUCUUACAUUGAUGAACCAAAAUAAAAUAAUUGGUUAGUCUAGUUAUACAGCUUUUGUUUUUAUUUUUUAUUUUAGAAUAUUGAAUUUACUAUUGAAUUAUGAUGGAAAUUAAUACGGUUGAUCCAAAGUUUUCAGUGCAAUCCUUUUUCUGUUUCUUGUGUAUUUUUCUUUUAAACGUAAACGGAGCAAAAUUAAUUUUUUAUUCCUCCUCGCGUAGCCUCGUGACUUCCAACAAUAAUUGAAGUCCCUAAUGCUUCUUGAAUACACUAUCAAUGAUAUUGCACUACAGAAAAUAUUUGUCAUUAGUGGAAUAUGAAAAAGAAAUGGUUUCUUAUUCAUGCGAAUGUCUUCUCUCAUUGACUCGUUCGUAAUGUGAUAGUUAUAACUCAGCGUUUAAUCACGUUUUUUCAUGAUACUUACAAAAUACUAUAAGGAACAUUUUUUAUUUUUUACACGUUUGCAUUUAUAUACUUUACUUUGAUUCCUCGGAUUUUGGUCGAAUCGUGAACGAUUGAGAAUGAAUAAAUAUUGGAUCUGAGCAUCGCGAAUGGCAAGAGUGUAUCCCAAAUGAAACACCAUGUUCUAUCGAUUGACGAAUUAAACAUUUGAAUGAAUGAUAAACGCAUAAAUGAAAGAUCAUCGAUACUAGUAUUUCCGAUAAUUUCUCAUUUUUCGCAGUACCGAUGUUCCUCGUUCUUUAUUGUUCGUACGUUUUUUUACAAAAUUUUUUAAUGCCACUUUGUACAACUAAAUUUACAAGUAACAUCUACGUUUGAGUUAUUUGUGCAUAUAAUAGUCUAUCGCCGUUGAAAACGCGGCGAAACCUGCGGCACCGAAUAGACCUGCCUUCACUCCGGCUAUAAAAAAAAGACAGAAACCAUCAUGGAUCCACUUUUGAAUAUGAGAAAUAUUCCAUCGUAACGAAUCGUAGAAAGUUUUUUUUACCUCUCAAUCCUAUUAAGCCUCCGGUUAAACCACCGGCAUAAGUUCCAUUCUUCCAAUCAGUUUUUCCGCGAUACUGCAAAAUUAGGAAAUAUGAGCAAUGUAGAAUAAAAAUGUUUGCAAAAAAAUUCUCUUCAAUAUAUCUUUUUGUCUAUUUCCAUGGGUUUUUUCUUAUCAUCGUAUUUGAGAAACAACAAAUUUAUUCUCCCGCCAGCCAUGAAAAUUAAAUUUUGUAAGAACAAAAAUUUUGUAUACUAUCAAAUAAAAUCCCAUUCGUAAAUUA